CGUCAGUGUUGGCCCGCGGCUCUGACGGAGUGCACGUAUACCCACGCCUAACUCGCCCGCGCACCACACACGCCUCCUCCUCCUCCACCUGCUGCCUCACUCCUCCCCUGUGCCGCCCGCCCCGCCUUCCCCUACACCGCCCCUCCCUUCCUUCGCCCCCUCGCUACUACAUCACCAUCUGCUUCACUGUCAGAUCGAUGAGACUGUACAGUGAAGAAACUUUCCCUUGCAUAAAUCUGUAAGACUAGAGUGGUCACCCUUAUGGAUACGUAUUACCGUUAUUGAAAUUGAGGCAGCGAGGAAGCUUGGAAAAUCCUGAGCGAUCCUACACUUUCCCCCUCCCCUGGUAGGACUCUGAAGGACCCCCCAAGGACUCCCCAGAAGCACCCCAAGGACUCCUCAUGUCUUAGUGGUGUCGUUGGUGGUGGUGGUGGUGGUGGUGGUGGUGUGUUUAUUUUCUUUUCUUUAUUCAAGUGUUUACUCCUCUCUCUCUCUCUCUCUCUCUCUCUCUCUCUCUCUCUCUCUCUCUCUCUCUCUCUCUCUCUCUCUCUCUCGUUCCCUUCACUGAUAUUCCCUUGCGUCAGUUUUCCCCCCAUACUUCAGAUCCCUUCCGUCGCCCUUCCCUUCCCUCCCUUUCCCUGCAAUAGGAACGUGACCUCUCUCCCCUUCCUCCCUUCCUCCCUGCUUCUCAUCCUCCCUACCUUCUCUCCUCCUUACCUCCCAUCCUCCUUGCCUCCCUUUCUCCUUGCUUCCUCUCCUUUCUUUCUUCCCUCCUCUCUGCCUUCCUCCUGCCUUCGUUCCUCUUGGUGAUGCGGGCGUCGCCAUGACCAGUGGAGAGGCGUCUUGUCUCCCCCCAGUCACUCCACCACCACCAGAGAUGCACCUCCUCUCCCAGGGGCCACACGCCACCAUGACGCCACACCCCCGCCCCGCCCCACUGCCCCCCUCCGCCCCUCGCUAGCGUGAAGCCCCCCAAAAGUCCCCGGCGGACCGUCAUGCGUUUGGCGUAACUUGGCGCUGACGGCCCGCCAUGACCACGACCAUUCCUGCGUCCCCCAGACCCCUCGCCGCCACCUACGCCACCCCUGAGGACGCCUGCGGCACUCAGGACACGAGGGCGCUGCUGGAGACGCGGCCCAGGGUGCGCUACGCCCGCCCUGACGUGACGGACACUCGAGGGGCGUGUCCCGAGGGGCGGCAGUGGCAGGAAGCGGAUCUCUCUCUCGGGUACUACGCUGUGGCCCCCGACCUGGCGUGUCUGGCAGGGGGCGACUCAGCGGCGCCUGACGACGACGAUGACGCUGCCGGCGACAGGGAGGAGGAGGUGUGGCCCGUGGACGCCCCUGCUGGUUACGAGUCCUCGCCACCCGUCAGGCACGCCUCCAUGUCCGCCGUCGGUUCGUCAGCGGGAGGCGGCGCGGGAGGAUGUGGUCGUCAAAGCGGGUCUGGAGGCUCAAGAAGGAUGAGUAGGAGUCUUGAGGACCUUCCCACUGACAUACAAGAGCACAUCCUUCGCUGCCAGUGCUCCUGUGAUCACCUAGGAUACGGCAACUUUUCGAAGGGCACGGCGCCGCGGCUCACAAACGGCUGUUCCACUUACUUGGGCCCCUCCCCCACCAAGGAACAGGAGCUACAGGACCCCCCAAGCGACCCCUCCCACCCCUCCACCCCCACUACCAAGACGAAAGAAGGCGGGCUUGGCACCAGGACGCGGGCAUGGGUGUGCGUGGUGCUGGUGCUAGGCGCGGCGGCGGGCGUAGGGGUGGGCGUGCCUCUUGCCCUGCGCGUGGAUCCCGGGGCCGCCCUGCCGCAGCGCAUCGCCUCCGCCAGGAUGCUUCUGAGAGACUUCCCGCUCAUAGACGGGCACAACGAUCUCCCGUGGAACAUCAGAAAGUUCAUGCACAACAAACUUCACAGCUUCAACUUCACGGCGGAACUGAAGAAGCUGCGCCCUUGGUCCCGCUCCUCCUGGUCACACACUGACCUGCCCAGGCUACGAGAAGGCAUGGUGGGCGCGCAGUUCUGGGUGAGUUACGUGCCCUGUGAGUCCCAGCGAUUGAAUGCCGUGCAGCUGACCAUUGAGCAGAUCGACCUUAUCAAGCGCCUCAUAGAACAGUACCCAGAAGACCUCAAACUGGCGACCUCUGCUGACGAGCUGGAGGAGGCGUUCAGGGAGGGACGCAUCGCCAGCCUCAUCGGGGUGGAGGGAGGGCACGCCAUUCAGAACUCCCUGGGCGUGCUGAGGGCGUUAAGAGACCUCGGUGUGCGUUACAUGACCCUGACACACACUUGCAGCACGCCCUGGGCAGAGUGUGCUCGAGCGCGGGAGACUGACGAGGAGGAUCCAAACUCCCCGAGGGGCCUCACGCAAUUCGGCAAGACAGUCGUAAGGGAGAUGAACCGCCUGGGCCUGCUGGUGGACCUGUCUCACGUGUCCCAAGCCACCAUGCGCGAGGCUCUGGAGGUGUCCCGUGCCCCUGUCAUCUUCAGCCACUCCUCCGUCUACGCCAUCUGCAAGAAUCCUAGGAAUGUGCCCGACGAUAUCCUGCAGAGGGUGGCGAGCAACGGAGGCGUGGUCAUGGUCAGCUUCUACAACCAGUUUCUGACGUGUAGUGAGCAGGCGACUAUAAGUGAUGUUAUUGAACACAUCAACCACGUCAGAAAGGUCGCUGGAGUGGAUCACGUUGGAAUAGGCGCCGAUUUUGACGGGAUUAACAUGCUGCCAGAAGGGCUUGGCGACGUGUCAGGCUACCCCCAGCUGUUCGCGGAGCUCUUGGGUGACCCCGAGUGGUCUGAGGAUGACCUGAGGAAGCUGGCGGGACAGAACCUCUUACGGGUCAUGCGCCGUGCUGAACAGGUGCGGCGGGAGCUUCAGGAACAGGGAAUGAAGCCCUACGAAGAGGAGAUGAGAUCGCAACGCACCGGGGAGGAUUACUCAUGCUUCUACAGGUUCAUAAGGCCGGCUGAUGAUGGAGAAUAGGUCAUAUGCUACUGACGGAGGAAUCUUUAAACCACCUGCUACCGACGGAGGGAAGUUUAGGCCCCCUGCUGCUGACAGAGAGAAGUUUAAGCCCCCUGCUGCUGACGAAGGGAAGUUUAGGGCUGUCUGCUGCUAACGAAGGGAAGUGUGGGCGGCCUGUUACUGACGGAGGGAACUGUUGGUGGCCUGACUUAACGUGCGAUAAACUUGUGACCUCUCGUGACCUUCAUGACCAAAACUUAAGUGAAAAAUAUGCACAAAUAAAAUGACAUGUGUGGUAACAAGUGGAUAAUUAUGGGAUUAGAAAAAAAAAACUUGAAGAAAGUGACAUA